GUCAAGUUCAGCAGACGGAAGCCUAAGUGCUGCUGUCAGUGCUGGAAUUGCCGGUUUUUUGGUGCAAGUCAUUGUACGGUUUCGUACACCGUUCAAGCACAGCUUCAACAUGCAGUCUAUGCGCUGGCUACCCCUGGAGGCUAAUCCUGAUUUUCUAAUACAGUUAGGUGUUGGCUCCAGCUGGCAGUUUGUGGAUGUUUAUGGCCUGGAUCCUGACCUUCUGAGUAUGGUUCCUAGACCGGUGUGUGCAGUUCUACUUCUUUUCCCAGUGACAGAAAAGUAUGAAUUAUUCAGGGCUGAGGAGGAAGAGAAAAUUAAAACCCACGGACAAGAUUUGAAUUCCUCGGUUUACUUCAUGAAGCAAACUAUAAGAAAUGCGUGUGGAACAAUUGGCCUAAUUCAUGCAGUGGCAAACAACAGGGAGAGACUGAACUUUGAAUCUGACUCUGCUUUGAAAAAGUUCCUUGAAGAGUCUCUCUCAAUGAGUCCAGAGGAAAGAGCUAAAUUUCUAGAAAAAGAUGAGAGUAUCCGCGUUACACAUGAAAACAGUGCACAGGAAGGACAGUCUGAGGCACCAAGUAUAGACGAUAAAGUAGAUCUGCAUUUUAUUGCAUUUGUACAUCUACAAGGACAUCUUUAUGAACUAGAUGGAAGUAAGCCUUUUCCGGUUAACCAUGGACAAACUAGUGAUGAUACUUUUUUAGAGGAUGCUGUUGAAGUCUGUAAAAAGUUUAUGGAGCGUGAUCCAGAUGAACUGAGGUUUACCGUGGUUGCUUUCUCCAAAGCAUAAUAAAGCCUAAGCUACCCGGCCCAAAUGAUCCUGCCAUUUGGAACUAAAGCAAAGAGUUAAUACUGUUUUUAUAUUCUCACAUGCCUGCCUAUCGGAGUACUGUACAAUAAUAAAAACAUUUGAUAAGUC